AUGAGCAAAAAGUUCAAGUCGCAGGCCUCCAGCAGUCGCGCGGCUGCCAGCGCCUUUGGGGGAUUUGGAGGAUUCUCAAAUGCCUUCGAUAGUGGUGGCCGGGAGCCGUCGGCGCUUACAUACAUCACGGAGCCGCCAGACCUUUCUCGCAUCUGGGAUCAGCAACUCGUGAUUGCAUACAAGAACUUGCUGAAGAAAGAUGAAAUUACACGCACCAAGGCUUUGGAAGAGUUGAAAGAAUACAUUUCCUCAGUGGAAGCGAAAAAUGGAACCGUUGAUGAGGGCUUUUUAGAAGCAUGGGUGAAAGUCUACCCCCGUGCUUCAAUUGACCUGUCACGGCGAGUAAGGCAAUUAGCGCACACAAUCAUGGGCUCUGUGGCCGUCGUCGUCGGAAAGAGAAUUGCACCUUACCUUCCCAAGGUUGUUGGAGCUUGGCUGGCAGGCCUUUACGACAGUGACCGACCAGUCCAUAGGUCCGCCCUGGAUUCUCUGACCACGGUCUUCUCUACGGAAGCGAAGAGAAACAGCCUGUGGAAGAUUUACCAGAGUUCUAUUCUGGACUUUGUAGAUGACGUUCUUCUCCACCAGACGCCAUUGACUUUGAGCGACGAACGGACAGUUAAGCGCGAUGAUGCGGAGGCAAAAUAUGCGCGAGUCGUCGGUGCAGCACUUCUACUAUUCAACCGCAUUCUAGGAAAUUCACCCGACGAGGAUCUUCGGAAAAGUCUUCCAGAAAUUGAGGCAUUGCUCGGUAACAAGUCCUUGUGGGCGUUCUGUGCGCAUGAGGACCCGUUCGUGCGUCGUUCUAUAUACAUUCUUUUGCGGUCAGCAGUAUCCCGCGAGCCAGCAUGGGUUGACUGGAAAGUUCUGAGUUCCGCCAUCAUUGGCAAAUCACUAUCUACCCCACAGCUGGGAUCCGCUUCUGAAUUAUCCGAGUCUGUCCUGCUUUUGACAUCCUCACGACCUCAAAUCUGGACGGACGACUACACAGGAAAGACUUCUGCGUCCAAAAGACUGCGCCAAUACAUUCAAAAAGGAUCACAGGGAGGCCACGGCAAUUUCUGGUCAAACCUUGAUCAGGUGCUUCGAAUCAUCCCCCAGGAUGUGCUCGCGGGAGCCGACAAAACAUCCACCGAUGGAGCAAUCACGAUUUCAAGCGCAUCUGCUCUGACUGAGGCUUUUCAGGAAGGUCUCAAUUCUCGAGAAGAGCCACGUCAAAAUCUCAACGUCGGUUGGAAAACCUACGUCAGAAUUGGGGGCUGGUUCUCGACGGUUGUACCCCAGGAACAACAAUUCGAUCUCAUUCAGACCAGACUGUUUCCACUGGUGGUGAACUAUGUACGGCCUGAUCCUGAGCAGCACCAGUGGAUCCUUCCGCCCCAAUUAGCCGAAGAUGUUUGUACCGAGUGCAUCGCUACACUUGUCUCGAAUGGGCAUCAUGAAGGAUUCCAGUCCCUCUGGAUGAAACUCUCGAAUGAUUUGCUGGAGGCCGUCAAAUUGUCAUCCCCAGAACAAUCAAAGGAUUUCCGCCAAUCUCAAGAUUCAAUCUGUUCCCAAGCAAAACGACUCUUUGCUUUGAUACCUACCGUCCUUUCACAAGUUUCAGGUCCCGAGAACGAAGCAGUUGUACAGAAAGUCAUUGAACAAUCAACCUUGCUUCUUCUUGAGGGUUGUUUGCAAGUCCUUCGUUCGCGCAAUGGUAAACCAUAUGGUGCUGCUGGAGUUGUUGAAGAAUGUGUUCGCAACUUGCCUUCGGUGGCGAACCGCUCUCAGGACCUUCUCAGAUUCAUCCAAAAUGAUGCCCCUGGUCUGCUCUUCUCUCCAUCGGGCGACCGCCUGAUCGCAAUUAUCUUGGCGUGUAGAGAAUGGGAUGGUUUCUCUACCAGCUUUGAGCGUGUCGUUGAAAGUGCGAUGGAACUCGAGCCCGAACAAUCGAACGCCCACAUUCUCCAAACUCUACUAUCCACUCUCGACUUUAAUGAGGUUGGGGACAAAGCCAAGUUAUCAUCCUUGAUCAUGCGAGCCCUAGAAAAUUCCUUACGAGGAAGUCAUGCUCACUGGGCUAUCGUUAUUUCGGUUCUUCAAAACCAGACCUCUCAAGGUCAAUUGAGAGAUGGAAUUUUCUUGUCGAUAAUUGAUGCGUUGUCCCAGGAUGACAGGGUCUUCAAUGCCUUGCAUGGCCUCUCUCAUCUCGGACAAGCUGUCCCAUCUAGAGUCCGUGAAUUCCAGGCUGGUGCUCAUGGCUCAAAGCUGACGGCGAAGCUACUGUAUUUGACGGAGUCCCCGUCAGAGGAGGUAGCAAGCCUGGCGGAGUCAUUGAUGAAGACUUUCAAGGAAACCGUGGUUGGAGAUACAAGCACUAAGUCGAAGAUUGAAAUUCUUCACAGUGGUUUCAGUCAUGCCAACGAAGAAUCAUUGUCAAUCGAGUCUCUCUUUGCGAUUGCCGAGGAGCUAUUGCACGGCCUUGCAGCUAAUGAGCCUGACUACGCAAUCAAGGAUAUCUUGCCUUCUUCCGACGCAUGGGAGAAUGCGAUAGGCCCCUUCCUUCAGCUUCCGCCGCGCGUUUCAACAGCCAUCACCGACCCACUGGGGGGCAUUGUUCAUCUUAUUCAUCGUGAUGUUUCGGAUUCGUUCAAGGCACUAUGGCUUGCCAUACCCCGUGAUUCUAGCCAUUGUUCUGCAGCAUUCCGCUUGGCAAGCUUCACGAUUCAAGUCUUGUCUUCCUUUGAAGUGAUGAAGCACCUAACUAACGAUGACCUCGAGACUCUGAUGUACUAUCUGCCACUAUCCGUCCAGUUGAUUGACGACGACCUGAGCAUCGAGUACUGCAACGGAAUCUCUGGACUGAAGUUUGCUAAUCAGCGUGAAGAGUACCUGGAAAUAGUCUUCAAAGGGCGGCAGAUCAUUAGUAACUGGACCCAUGCGAAGGAGCCCCUCAGCUGCUCUUCAAGCGUUACCAUUUCAUCUUGUCUGACUUCCUUCUGGGAGAAAAGAUUGGAGACGCUAUGUGGAACCUCGCCCGUUGACUACCGGAUUGGAGAGACUUUCACCAAAAUCAUGACCUCUAUAGACGUUGUGGAGCAUCCCAAAUCAGCAGAUGACGUUGCAAAAAUUUGUCGCGAGGCAAGAACCGCUAACUCUAUUCGUUCAGCAUCAUGGUUCGCUGUUCUACGAAGCUCGAUUCUGUCAAGCCCUGUGGGCAACAGAGUCUGUAAUGAGUUAGUCGCAGAUUCUACCGGACUCAAACCCCUCAACCCCUCCUCCGAUGGACUCCGAAAGCUUGCAUUGCUCAACAUCUUACUUUCCGGAGAAGAAAACUUUGUGUCGACUAUUCCUACACAGAGACUCGUCUUCCUUACCAAGCAUCUAAUUGAAUGCCUUCAGUCUGACAUGCAAUCCCUAGGACUGAGGGCUGAGAUUCUGCGGACCUUGACAUUCAUCCUCCCAGGCCUCGCCGAAAUUUAUGGCUCACACUGGGAGGACAGCAUGAAUAUCCUCAGUGUGGUAUUUAAAGAGACCAACGGCGGAGAAGAGGGAUUGCCACUUCUGUUCUCUUCGUUCAGAUUGUUUGCACGCUUGAAGUCUAUGGCUGAAGGAGACGGCAAUGAUGAUCUCCAAGAUGCUUGGACAGAGCGAAAGACUGGAUUAUUCAAUGAAUUGGCUUCUACCAUCGGAAAGUUUGGUACGUACUGA